AUGGCUGCCACUACAACUCUUUCCAAACCCUUCUCUUCAUCUUCUUCGUCUUCUUCCUACCAACCCUCCGACGACUAUAGGUACGAUGUGUUCCUGAGUUUCAGAGGCGAAGACACUAGCAUGAGCUUCACCGAUCACCUCUACUACGCUUUGACAAAGGCUGGAUUUCGCACCUUCAUAGACAAUUUCCGAAGAACAGAAGAUUAUUCUUCCGAGAUUUUCCCAAUAAUACAAGAGUUCAGAAUAUUCCUCAUCGUCUUGUCCAAAAACUACGCGUCUUCCACGGGGUGUUUGGAGGAGCUCGUGGAGAUCUUGCAGUGCUGUAGAAGGUCAAAUCAGAUGGUUGUCCCUAUAUUCUAUCAUGUUAGUUCCUCCGAUGUGCGCAACCAGUUUGAAGAAGAGUAUCCAUCUGGAGGGGAGCUCUCACUGAAAUUGCUAAUAUUUCCGGGUUGA